AAUGCGCAUGCGCCGGGUAGGCCGCGCGGCCUCGGCCUUUCCUGACGUUCGGGGAUGGAUGCGUCCGGCAGUUUGGCCACUGGAAGCGCCAGACGUUACGUGGCCGGAGAUUUGCUCCCGGAGUCGCUGCCGUGGGAUCGUUUCUCCUCCUGGUUGGAAUGUGUUUGUGUCGUUACUUUCGACCUGGAGCUCGGACAAGCGAUUGAGCUUGUGUAUCCCCAUGAUGUUCGACUUUCCGAGAGGGAGAAAACAAAUAUCUGCUAUCUGUCUUUCCCAGAUUCAUAUUCAGGUUGCCUUGGAGACACACAGUUUAGCUUUCGAAUUCGGCAGUCGGUGGGACACAAACUGUUGCUUCCUGGAGAGGAGGACAAUUAUAAUCAAGAGGCUCCGGUUGUUCUGCAGCGGGAUCCAGCACAUUAUUAUGGAUAUGUCUACUUUCGACAAGUCAAGGACAACACGAUUAAACGUGGAUAUUUUCAAAAGUCCCUGGUUCUGAUCUCUCAGCUUCCAUUUGUGAACCUGUUCCAUUCGCUGCUAAAUCUUGUUGCACCAGAAUACUUUGAGAAGUUGGAGCCCUGUCUCGAGGCAGUUUGUAAUGAGAUAGACCAGUGGCCCUCACCGGCUCCCGGGAAGGUCCUCAGUCUGCCUAUCAUGGGGGUGCUCAUUCAGGUACGGAUUCCAUCUAAAAAUGACAAGAUUGGAGCCAGUCCCCUGAAACAAUCCAACCAGGAGAAUCUAUUGCCUGCCCCCUUGGUCCUCCCCACAGUAAACCAACUUGAUCUCUUCAGGUGCUUUCAGCCAAUCCUGAUUCACAUCCAGAUGCUUUGGGAGCUGAUGUUGCUGGGAGAGCCGGUCAUUGUCAUGGCACCGUCGCCAACAGUUUCUUCAGAAACCAUCCUGGCCUUGAUCAGUUGUAUUGCGCCUUUGAGGUACUUUUGUGACUAUCGGCCUUACUUCACCAUCCACGACAGUGAGUUCAGAGAGUAUAUGACGCGAACACAAGCUCCGCCAAAUGUUGUCCUGGGAGUAACCAACCCUUUCUUCAUCAAAACUUUCCAACAUUGGCCACACAUUCUCCGUAUUGGAGACGUCAAGAUGUCAGGUGAUUUGCCGAAACAAAUAAAAGUAAAAAAACUCACAAAGUUGAGGACUCUGGACACAAAACCAGGUAUCUACACAUCCUACAAGACCUUUCUUCACAAGGACAAGGCACUUAUCAAAAGACUUUUGAAGGGAAUUCAAAGGAAAAGGCCUGAAGAAGCACAGAAUGCCAUUCUUCGACGACACGUAUUGGAACUGACCCAAAGUUUCAUUAUUCCUCUGGAGAGGUAUGUGGCCAGUCUGAUGCCACUCCAGAGAACAAUCACAGCAUGGAAGAAUCCACCUCAGAUCCGACCAUUCAACCAAGAGGAGUUCAUGAAGACACUGGACUACGCUGGCCCCCAGCUGACAUCGGUGCUGAAAGGAGAUUGGGUCGGGCUUUACAGGCGUUUCUUCAAGUCUCCGAACUUUGAUGGUUGGUUUCGUUUGCGACACCAGGAAAUGGCCAGGAAGUUGCAGACCCUGCACCUGGAAGUGUUAUGUGAGACAGAUCUGCUGCUGUGGGUUAGAGACAAGUCAGAGGUGGAAAUCGUGGACCUGGUCCUAAAACUGCGGGAAAAAUUGGAAACAGCACGGAUCCAACACCUCCCAGUCAACCAGCAGUUACUGCACAAGUUGGAGUCAUACAUAAACACGGUGAUCAGCUCACUCCCAGAGGAUCUGCAGGCUGUCCUGCAGCAGUACUGAGCCUGGCUCAGCUCCCACACAUCAACAGUGACCUUUAACCUGCUCCAGCAGCUGUGGACACUGUCUUCUGGUCCAGAGAGUGAUCCAAUGGCUUUUCAGGUGUGUGAGGAGUGUUCAAUUACUGCACAUUGCUUCAGGGGGCACGUUUCACUGUGUGAACGAGUGGUAUACAGGAAACACCUGCAUUGUCGUUGGUUCCGUCCUUUCAGAUGAGAUGUUAAACAGUUAAUUCACUCUACAGUAUAUUUUGUGAA